AUUAUGUAUGAAUGUGGUGUUAUAUACGAAUAGAAAACUUGCAAAAUUAAAUUGAUACAUGUAAUCGUUUGUUCGGUUUUCCCUAGUAGGGCUAGAAUUUCUAUAGAAAUAUUGCUGUGUUUUUAUAGUCACUAGAAUUACAAGGGACAAUGGUUAUUGGAGCGUUUCCCAUUGCCAAAUUGUCGGUGUUACUGAUCAAGCAGAUCAGUAAACCCAUCGCUAAUGCAUGUAAAGAACGAGCCAAAAAUAGUCCCUUUUUCAGGACCUAUGUAUGUAUGCCUCCUGCCCAAUUCUACAAUUGGUGCGAGGUGAAAGCUAAGAUGUGGAUCCUAAAUUUGGGUAGACCUGUAAACAUACCUGUGCUGAGCCAGGAAAUGGCCAUUGAGCUGGGUGCCAAUCUGCUGGGUGAAUCAGUCAUCUUUAUUAUUGGUGCUGCCCUGAUUACUGUGGAAUAUAGCAGGCAAAGCAAAAAAGAGGCAGCUAAAGAACAAGCUCGUAUAGAUGAGCUAAAACAUAUAACCAAUACUAUUACAGACUUGUACUUUGCAGUCCAGCAACAAGAAACACAGAUCAGGGAAAUGGAGCGGCUUAUUCAUUCAGUCAGUGGUAAAAAAAUACAAGCACCUCCUCCAGAUGUCAGGGACAUAACCAAAUCACUUAAGGAACUUGAAGAAUUGACUACUAAGAGUUCCCCUCCUCAACCCCCAGCCGGUCAAACAUCCGCAAAAGGCCAACAACCGCCUACCACCCAACAGCCUCCAGCACAGCAAAGGCCACAAGAUGGCUCUAAAAUGAUGAGACCUGAGGCCCAACUUAUUUCCACACCAUAUCCUGACAAAGGACUUAUACUGCAAUCACUGAAUUAUAUCCAAAUGGAUGUUUUUAGUUCAAUAUUUCCUCAUAGCCGAAGGGAAGAGGACAAUAAACAACAAGAAAAAAAAACACAGUCUCAGAAACGUGAUACUGCUGUACUUUCAGAGGCACUCUACAACAUUGAAAAUAACUUUAAGAGCUUGUUUUAAAGUUUAUGCAAUUUUUUUAAAAUUUAGGGAAAGUUAGUUUGUUAUGGUUAUUAAUUAAUAACACAUUGUAUUGUAUAGUUUUUUUUGUAUAUUGGUAGUAUUUAUUUUGCUGCACUUUUCUUUGAAGUUGGUGAAGCUUAAAAUUUAUUAAUGACAAUGCUUAUAAAUUGCUUUUAAUCUUUACUGCCAACCAGUUUGCAUUUGUGCGAAACUUUUGACUGUAGAGUUAGACCAAGACAAGCCUGCAACGAUUUUGAUAGCACACGCAACACAAGUGUUAUUUAUACAUCACAAUUUCAUAGAAGAUUGGUGUUUAAAAUAACACUUGCACUGCGUGUGCUAUCAGAAUUGCAGACUUGUCUUGGUCUGACUCUAGAAGUGUUGACACAUAAAGAUACUGGGAGUUAUCAGCAUACAUCGGAGUUUUGGUUGCGGGAAUAAUUUGUGAAUUAUAAAAACACAAAAUCAAUUUCUUUAUUGUAAAAUAAUUACCAAACUAUGAAUUAAAAAUAGGUAGUGAGCUCCAAAUGUGCUUUGAAAUGGUAAAAUAUUUUCUGUUAUUACAGUUUAUACUUACCUAUUUUAUGACUAUAAGUGAACAUUCCUGCACCCAAAACCCCAAUGUUUAAAUCAUCAGGUAGUCGAUGAUUUAAACAUUUUGGUUUGAAUUGUUUUAUAGCUAUAAUACUUGUGUGCGAAAGCUAGUAUAUAUUAUACACAUUCAACCUAUAAAUUAAAAUAAUGCUGCUAGGCGGACUAAUUGGCAAAAUAAUGAGAUUAGUGCAUGCUUAAUACUUACUGAGUAGGUGUUUCCAUGUUUGGUACCACACUAGGUCUAUGUGAGUCUACAAAGUAUGACUUGUAAACUCGAAUGUAUAAAUAUUUAUUUAUUAGGUAACAAUGUAAAUAAAUUGUAUCCAACAA